AUGCUCCCGGCGAUCUGCCUCCGUCUCCGGCACCACCAGGCGGUCCUGCUAUCCCGACGCGGACCCGUUCACGUCAUCGCGGCCAUCUUCAUUGGCGCUGCGGUCAUCUCGUUCUUCCUCAGCUGUGCUGGACUUGGCGCGGGCUGCUCGGAGCGCAACCGCGUGGCCUUCAUCAAGACGCACAAGUGCGCCGGUACGUCGGUGCAGAACAUCCUCAUGCGCUACGGUUACUCGCGUAACCUGACCUUUGCCAUCGGGCCCCGCGAUGUCUACCUGGGACACCCAACUAGGUUCCGCCACGACAUGGUUCCCGACCUAGCUCGCUACGGUCGUCAGUACCACAUCCUGGCGCACCACAACCGCUUCUCGACGCGCCGGGAGUACGCGCGCCUCCUCGGCAAUGACGUCUUCAUCAUUACCAUACUCCGGGAGCCCAUGGCCAUGUUCGAGUCGCUCGCGGCUACCCUCAAGCUCAGAGGCAUACACAUCGACGACUUCGAGGACGCGCAUGGCAAGGGACACUUCAUGUCGUACCUGUCCGGGAUGCGCACCGACUACGGUCGCAUCGGCACCAACCAGAUGUCGUUUGACUUGGGCCUGUCCUCCGGGGUCAUGAACGAAUCCCAUGUCGUCGUGGACUUCAUCCGGCGCCUCAACUCCGAGAUCGACCUGGUGCUGAUUGCCGAGCUUAUGGACGAGUCGCUGGUGCUUCUCAAGAAUGCGCUGUGCUGGACCACCAAGGACGUGGUGAGCUUCCAGCAGAACGCGCGGAGCUCGCAGGUUCUGCCAAGCCGUAUCCCGGACAAGGCCCGUCGCGCCAUCCUCACGGCCAACUACGUGGACGUGGCGCUGUACGGGUUCUUCAAGAGCAGGCUGCUCGAGGAGAUCGCAGCGUUUGGCACCGAGCGAAUGAAGGAGGAGGUGUUCGCCCUGCGCAAAACGCGCAUGGCUAUGUACGGCGAUUGCGUGGACUCGGAAGAUUCGGCGGACAAGGUGUUCCCGCCGCAGUUCGUGUACCGCGCCGACGUGGUGGGAUACCGGCUCAAGAACGUCUCGCACGUCGUGCCGCCUUCCGCGUGCCGCCAGCUGGCGGCCAACGAGCUCCUCUUCACCAACAUGGUGCGGCGUCGUCAGCUCAUGGACAUCUCGGCCUUCUACUUCGCCCGCUGGGGCGCCGGCCAGGGGGCAGCACCGGCGACGUCUGCUGCGGCCUCGUCGGUUGCGAUUCUUUCUUAUCGCUCCAGGUAGCCUGGAGGGCUGUCUGCGGAUGGCAGAAGUAACGACUCGGGCGUCAUUCGGCUUUUCUUCUGAGCAAGAAGA